AUGCGAGGGCUCGUCCAGUUCAUAGCCGACCUCAGAAAUGCUAGAGCAAGAGAGUUGGAAGAGAAGAGGAUCAAUAAAGAGCUAGCAAAUAUCCGGCAAAAGUUCAAGGAUGGAAAUCUGAACGGGUAUCACAAGAAGAAAUAUGUGUGCAAACUGCUGUACAUAUACAUUCUAGGAUGGAAUGUCGACUUCGGACACCUCGAGGCUGUCAAUUUGAUCAGUGCGAACAAGUACAGCGAGAAGCAGAUCGGAUAUUUGGCCGUUACGCUGUUUCUGCAUGAACAGCAUGAGUUGCUUCAUCUGGUAGUGAACAGUAUAAGGAAGGAUUUGCUGGGGCACAAUGAGCUGUUCAAUUGUUUGGCGCUGCAUGCCAUUGCAAACGUCGGCGGGCGGGAGAUGGGCGAGGCUUUGAGUGGGGACGUACAUAUGUUGCUGAUAUCACCGACAUCGAAAUCGUUCGUCAAGAAGAAAGCGGCUCUAACACUACUACGGCUGUAUCGGAAAUACCCAGGCAUCGUGCAGCAAGAAUGGGCCGAGAGGAUCAUCUCGCUGAUGGAUGAUGCGGAUAUGGGCGUGUGUCUCUCGGUCACCUCGCUUGUAAUGGCGUUGGCUCAGGAUCAGCCGGAUCAGUAUAAAGGUGGAUACGUCAAGGCAGCACAACGUCUGAAAAAGACUGUGGUGGACAACGACAUUGCGCCGGACUACCUAUACUACAAAGUGCCUUGCCCGUGGAUUCAGGUGAAGCUGCUACGGUUGAUGCAGUAUUAUCCGCCCUCAGAGGAUACUUACGUCCGAGGCCUGAUACGAGAGUCGCUACAACAGAUCCUACACGAAGCAAUGCUCAUGCCGAAAAACGUACAGCAAAACAAUGCGCAAAAUGCGGUCCUUUUCGAAGCCAUCAACCUCGUCAUACAUCUAGACACAGAACACAAUCUGAUGGUGCAGAUAUCCUCAAGGCUAGGGAAGUUCAUACAAUCACGCGAAACCAACGUCAGGUAUCUGGGACUUGACGCGAUGACCCACUUUGCUGCUCGAGCUGAGACACUGGAUCCAAUUAAAAGGCAUCAGAAUAUCAUUAUCGGGUCACUACGAGACAGAGACAUUAGUGUCAGGCGGAAAGGUCUCGAUCUGCUUUACAGCAUGUGUGACCCUUCAAAUUCUGAACCCAUAGUCAACGAGCUUCUGAAGUAUCUACAAAGCGCAGACUUUGCUAUUCGAGAAGAGAUGGUACUCAAGAUAGCGAUUCUGACCGAGAAAUAUGCCACAAACAUCCAGUGGUAUGUGGACAUUUCGUUGCGGCUGAUCGCAAUGGCUGGUGAUCAUGUCAGCGACGAGGUAUGGCAACGUGUGAUCCAAAUCGUCACCAAUAACGAAGAGCUUCAAGUCUAUGCGGCGCAAAACAUUCUGAACUACGUCAAAGCGGAGCAAUGUCACGAGACCCUGGUCAAGAUUGGAGGUUAUCUGUUAGGGGAAUUCGGCCAUCUGAUCGCAGAUACGAAGGGCUGCAGUCCUAUCGAACAAUUCUUAGCUCUCCAGACGAAGAUGCAGGGUUGCUCCUCAAGCACAAGAGCUAUCCUCCUCUCUUCCUUUAUCAAGUUCGUUAAUCUUUUCCCGGAAGUUAAAACGCAAUUACUGGUCGUCUUCAGGGCUUACAGCCAUACGCUAGACUCGGAGUUACAGCAAAGAGCUUGCGAGUACCUCACUCUUGCAACACUUCCCACGGACGACCUUUUACGAACAGUUUGCGAUGAAAUGCCGCCCUUCCCAGAACGUACAUCGGCCCUCCUUUCACGACUUCAUGGCAAGCACGCUGGCACAAGCGACAAGCGGACAUGGAUAGUAGGUGGCAAAGACGCAAACACCGACUCCAAAGAAAUCCUUCUGACCCAAUCCACUGGCCUCAAACGAUCCUUCACGCCCACAGCGAAUGGCGCUCUCUCCAACGGUACCCCGACCCCCACCACCAACGGCACGAACGGCAGCACCACCAAUGGCAAUACACACGGCCUUGAGGACCUCGACAUGUCCUCAGCCCCCUCCCAACCUCCUCCCAACCUCGCUUCGGCGGCCCACCUCUCUCCCGGCUGGGAACCGGGCUACCGUCGUCUUCUCUUCAUUGCCGAAUCCAUUCUCUAUGAAGACGCUCAAUUCCAGCUCGGUCUCCGCUCCGAAUAUCGUGGCGCUAUGGGCUGUCUCAUUCUCUACUUUACCAAUCGCUCUCCUUCCGCCAUUGGCUCAUUUACAACUACCCUUGACAAUCCUAACCCAGCAGAUCAACUACGCAUCGAUACGAAAAGUGCACCGGAUAAUUCGAUACAGCCGGAGGGCCAAGCACAACAAACAGUCAUGUUUGAAGCUAAAGGCGUUUUCUCUCUCCCUCCAACAAUACGCAUAUCUUACCUAGCCGGCGCCUUACAAGCCUUUACUCUGCAAUUGCCUGUCGUAAUGCACAAAUAUAUGGACGCAGCCGACUUAUCCGCCGAUGAUUUUUUCAAAAGAUGGCGACAAAUAGGCGGUGCGCCGCGUGAAGCUCAACGUGUCUUCGGUCUAAAGGAUGGCGGUGGGCGAGGAAAGGCGAUGGGUGACGCAGAGUGGACGAGAAAGAUGGCGGAGGCGUUUGGAUGGGGAAUCCUGAAAGGAGUGGAUCCAAACGAGAGAAAUGUGGUCGGUGCGAGUGUCUUGCAUACUGGGGUGGGAAAAUUGGGGUGUCUGCUGAGGCUGGAACCGAAUUGGGAUACUCAGCUCUACCGCAUCACGAUACGAGCGACUGAUGAGAGCGUCCCACCUGUGCUAAUGAAAUUCAUGGAGGAGACGUAUUCGAUGGGAGUGGAAAGGGAAAAACAGGACCAUCGUGUCACUCUCGACUAG